UUUGCUUGCCGGGCAACGCAAAAUAAGUGGUCUCACCUCGGCCCAUAUUGACCUCUUCGACAUCAGACCAACAUCUCAUCAUAAUCUCAUCACUACAAGGCCGGGCCUUUGGGACAACAGUGGUUCUUUAUAUAGAGGGAGGAGAAACCCCCAACCGCAGUCAUGUCGUCAAACGCCAACUACGAGCCGGAUGCGAACCCAGGAAGCGUCGGUGCUGGUCCAGACAUGGGAGAUGAUGGAAGUAUCGCCGGUGCGUCCGGGACGUCACCGAACGACGUCGGGAUUUCUCAAGGUGGUCUGAUUGCCAUCAUUGUGGUUGUUUGUGUCGUCACCAUCUUCGGUGUCGGAAGCGCAGUUCUCUUCUUCCUGGCAAAGAAGAACGAGUGGAAGGUCAGGGAGACCAUCCGGAGGUCGGCAAAGAGGGUUAAGACGGCUUUGACACCACGACGCAGCGAAUUCCCCAGAUCAGUCAAGGGAUCUUUCCGAUCAACCCGAUCUCAAAAUAAGGGCCGCGUGAGGAUCGAUGAUGUGCCACCAACACCGCGCAUCGAGCCCGAGCACCUGGAUCUGGAGAAGGGCUUGGAGAAGCCGGAGAAGUCGGGUAAAACACGCAUCAACUUUAGCCGCAAGUGAGCUGGUAUGGCACUGGAGGAGAUCGGACAGCACGAGUUGAAAUAAUGAACCGUUUGGUGACGAAAAUGGCAAGCUUGGGGUAUAUUUUGGGUAUCGCUGGUCGCGCGAGCCUAUUGCUUUGCGACUCAUAUUUC